GCGUAGCCGCCAGCCAGUCAGGGAGCCUCAGUCUCCACUCGGCGGGUGUUAGCAGCCGCCCAGCCCGCUCCUGCGGCCCUGCCCGCGCUCUGCUGGGCAGGGGGGACUCGGCGUAAGUGACCCGCGUGUGGCCGACCCGCCGCAGGCAGAAGCGCCGGGGAAUCAGCCGGUCGGCGCCGCGAGCUCUGCAGGCCAGAUGGAGUAUUUAUCUGAAAAAGCAGCUGAACAACUUCAUGUUGAAAUCAUUAAUGAAGCAGACACACCUCGCACUCAGGACCUUAAGCUUUUACGGGCUAAGCGCUUAGCUUACUAUGGAAGAAAUGGAAGGACAAAGAUUAGAUCUUGUGGUACUGAUAAUAAAUCAAAUUCACCAGUUUCCAGCAGAGCAGUUUUAUGCUCUACAGUUAGCACUACAGAAGAAGAAAAUCAGACAUCCACAUCAAGUGGCUGUCAGCAACCUAAUGAUGGGAGAAAUGGAAAUAAAUUUUUAAUUCAGACAUCACCUGGAGUAAACCAUCAAGGAAAAGAAGAAGAAACAAUUAUCGCAAAUGCAGAAACACACCACAAAUGCAUGAAGCAAUCCAGUAUUUCAGAAUUGGAUCAUAGACUACUUGAGGAUCUGACUGUUCCAGAGACACAAAAACUCCAGCAUGUUAUGAAUUUGGCACAUUCGUUCCUCUGUAAAUCUCAGCAAGCAGCUCAUAGACUGAAAUUUUCACAGUUACCUCAAGGAGUAGUUUUGUCUCAAGACAACGAAAGUGAGAUAGCACAAGAUGGUGGGAAGAAAGAAACCAGAAGCUCAUGUGGUUCUCUGUCACAGUCUAAAGAUCAUUUUAACCUCAAUGCGCAUGCUAAUAUUUGCAGCCUUUCUUCAAUCUCUGAAGUUAACUCAGAGCAUACAGAGAGGUGCAUUUCUCUUGGACAUUUAAGAGAUAAGACAUCAUCCCCUGAAAACAAAUGUUUCUAUAACAUUCAGGAAAAUAACGAUCAGCAAAAUGCAGUAAUUAGGAACAAGAAAGAAAGAAAAGACUCUGAGAUUUCCAUAGCUAUUUUGGGGCAACUUGCACAUGCUGAUGAAACUCAUAACAGCAAAGAAAAAUCAAAAUUUCAAAAUGUAGGUGAGAAAGAUAUGUGGUCAGAAAUGCAUCUUGUCCAGCCACAACCUCAGUUUGUGUGUGAAGCUGACAAUUAUUCAACUAAAACCACAGAGAAUCUGAAUGAAGAUCCUAGUACUUAUUUUUGGCCUCCCCUAGUUGAUAGUUCAGAUGAGGAAUAUGCAGAAAAAAUUGUGACAACAAAGAAAUCAAAUAGGUCUGAUGCUGAGAUGAAGGAGCAAAAAAAAUCUUCACAAAACACAUUUUCUUUUAAAGGAAAAAAUAUAAAAUAUUUGAGUUCGGCUGUGCUGGGAGGCAGUACUGCCUCUGGGAGGAAGAUGUACAGCAAUGGAAAAUGGACUGUGGAAGAAAAGCACACGUUAGAGAACAAAGAAAAUUAUAAACAUAAGGAUUUCAAAUUGCCAUUAAAGGCUAAUGCCUGCAGUGAAGGCAAGCUUAUUGCAGGUAGCAUUAAGGGAGAGGCUGAAAACAGAUGUAUUUCCUUCUCUAGUGAAUCUGAGGUAGAAAAUGGUGACUUGAAAGAGCUGUUGAUAGAUAUUACAUCUCUGAAGAGAGAGACAGAACAGAAAAAUGAAUCAAGAUUCAAGGAUGUGGAAGACUCAGAUUCCACUAUUGAAGUGAAAAAAUUGAUUGGAGAAGACAAAACACACAGUAUGUUCAGAAGUACAACUUUUGACAAGAGUAUAGGUAAAGGACAUAACUAUAAGAGAGCCCAAAGUGAAAUAGAUCUAAAAUCCUCUAAGAAAGAUCCAGCCAUACAAAGGAGUGUUUCUUUGCUGAAUUCAUUAGUGAACUCCCAAGAACACACUUUUAAAGUUUGCCCUGACUCUGGAAGUCUCAGUUAUCCAGAUAUAACUUGGUGUUAUGGAUGUGGUUGUAUUUUAUUAGGUGUAUUUACACAGUGUGAUAAAGAUAAUAUGGAACAUAAAUGCAAAGUAUUCCUAGGAGAAGUGACUGACAAGCACAAGAAUGUUUCCAAUCAAGUCAUCAAAUCUUCACAAGUUUCAGAAAGCAACUCAGAGGAAUUUUCCAAAUUAAGAGAAAGAAAUGAUGACUGCCAGAAGUUAUGCUGUGAUGAUAAAACAUUGCUAUAUUCAGACUGUGAUAUUAGUGUUUUGGAUAAAUAUUAUUUUUAUUUGGAUCAGUUAAAUAAAUUCAGAAGUCUUCAUCUCAAAGAUAAGAACCUGUCAUUUUCUUUCCAAGAAUUCAGUAGAUUUUCUAAAGAGGAAAAGAUUGCCAGACAUGCUGAGGAUAAGGUGGCUGAGCAUGAAGAGACUGAAGAACGUAACAGUCAUUGUGGAGAGACUGAACUAAGGUCUUUUAGCAACAUCAAUGCUGACGCCAUAGAACAAGAAAGAGAAUCUACUUUUGGAAGUGGUUUUAUGAUGCAGGUGGAUAAUCUUGAGUUGAAUUGUAAAGCAAAGCAGAAGAGAAGCCAAGUUUCAAUAGAUAGGAAAGGCUCAGAAACCAAAAGCAUUAAGACAAAAGUGCCUGGUUCAAAGAGGUAUUGGGAGAAAUCCAGCAUUGCAUGGUCAUCUUACACACAUGGAGAACUGAAGCCAAGAUCACACUGUGUUCAAAGACCAACCUCAGCUAUCGUGGGCAAGAAGAUGAUCAAUAUAUCUCAAAAUAUUCAGCCUUCAGGUUGUGUCAGUUCCAAACAGAUGAAAGUACAUCCUCUCCCAAAACCUACCACAUCUGCAAAAGCUCAGCAGAAACCACCUAAUUAUAAAGCUACAUCAGUAGCUUUUGUGAAGACUGCUAAUACUUGCACUGACUCCAAGCAACAUUGCAAAACUACAUUUCAAGAUGUUGAGGAAACAGUUAAUUGGCAUGGUAAAGGUGAGAGUGACCUCUCAGUGUGGCUCCUUCUUCCGGAUGAGCUGUGGCUAUGCAUCUUCUCUUUGUUUUCCCAUAAAGAGCUUUCUCGGGUUGCCCAAGUCUGCCACCGUUUCCACCAGCUUGCAAGGGAUGAGUCCUUUUGGAGGCAGAUUCAGAUUGCAGACUGCCGUUGUUUGAAUGAUAAGUGGCUCAUCAGCCUAGGACUGCACCAUCCCCAGUAUUUCACUCUUCACCAUUGCAAUGAUGAAACACAGAGCAUUACUCAUAAAGGGUUAAAAAAGUUCUUUCAGCACUGCAGAGACUCUCUUAAGGAAUUAAACAUAACAAGCUGCAAUGGUCCUAGCUUGCGAGGGGACACAAUACUUCUUCAUGCAAGCAACUUUUGCAGGCAGCUGACAUCUGUGGAUAUAAGCUGGACAGGGGCUACUGAUUUAGGGGUCAUUGCUCUAGCAGAAGCUUCUUUAAGCCUCCGGGGCCUUUCUGCUAAUGGAUGCCAGCUGACAGAUAAUGCUAUAAAUGCCUUGGUUGCAAAGCAUGGAAAAAGAACCUGGUUCACCCCAAGGCACCAUCUUCUCUUCAUUUAAGUCCUGCCUGAAGACUUAGAUAUUUAGUCACACUCACAAGUAGUCAAGUAUCAGAGGGGUAGCCAUGUUAGUCUGAAUCUGCAAAAGCGGCAAGGAGUCCUGUGGACUCUACUUCAGUUAGUCUAUAAGGUGCCACAGGACUACUCGCCACUCACAAGUAGUGAAUAGGUUAUUUUAUGAAUAUUCCAUAAAGAAGGAACAGGGACACCUGCACCUGGUGAGUUGACCCCAGUUAAGUUUAGAAGAUGGUACCUGGUCCUAGAGGUGGAAAACCAGGGUGAGUCAGGCCUGAGAGUCCAUCAGGAAUGUGACAAAGUGAGCACAUGCAGACAUGGAAUGCCAAUGCCUUCUCCCAUGGAAUAGGGAGAUAGGUGAGAAGGACCGAAUAUUGAGAGCAGGACAGCACGAGGGAAGUGUCCUGCGGAGACUCUCUGGGUGGCGCUACUAAAUGAACAGAGCAUUGAUGAUUCCUCCAAGAAACCCUGAAGAAGGAAGGACUGAGGAGUGAAGAGGACAAUCCCCUGGGAGGUGUAGCCCAGGGUAGACUGAAGAUCUGAUUUUGUGAAUUUUGCCCGUGAUGGAAGAAUAUAACUUCAGUGGCAGUGUGUCCUUUGGGAACCGGGGAGAAGAUCAGCUUCAUUAUAAUAUAUGAAGUCAAAACUGAUCCUUCCUCCAAGCAUCUCAUAAUAUCUCAUCUUUUCUGUGUUUGGCUUUCAAUUAGUGCUUAUUGACAAGCACUGUUUUCAUUUUGUAUGUGAGCACACUUAUUAUGAAUACACGAAGAGAGUUUUCUGAAGUUAAAUAAACGAAGUACUGCUUAACUUUCAGGACAUGUAUGGUCCCAUUAAAGUGAAGCUUAGCUCUAAAAAUUGAUGUACAAUUUGGCUAAUAAUGGGUUUAGCUUUGCAGUUCUUUACCAUUGACCUUGCUUGCAAAAACACCAUCUCACGAAAUCGAUGUUAGUCUAGAUAGCUUCACAUAUUCAGGAACCAGUUAACAGAGAUCUGCUGAUAUUGGUUUUUUUUCUGUGCAUCAUGGUAAAUCUCAUUAAAUUUAAGGAAAUUAUAUAAAAACACAUGAAGAGAAGAGCUAUUUAGAGCACUUUGCUGAAACAAAAUUUGUAUCCGCAUCUGAUCCGCAAACAUGAUCCAUGAAUAUCUACAUAUAUAAAGCAGAUAUCUACAGAUUUGCAGGAUUCUAGAAAUAGCUUCUAUUGCACAAGAUCUUUAGUGCACAAAGAAUGUUUUCUUAAAAGUUAAUGUAAAUUGGCAUUCCGAGAGUAGAGACUUUUGCAAGGUUAACAAGUUGCCAGCAAUGGUCAUAUUGCAUCAGUUUACAGCAGUUUGAAGCCAGUAUUAACUGGGCAUGACAGACUAUAGUGUAUGGCUUUUUCAUUAAGUAAGAACCUAAAUGACAUGCUGAAGAAAUAUUAUUGGUUGAAAGAUAACGCUAUGCUGCUUCUAUUUUCAGUGAAUUCUGCUUUUUUUUCACUAUUCAAGAAUUGUGCUACAUUUUGUCUGUUUUCAAAAAGUGCUUUCUUUGAGGACAAAAGAAGGUGGUGAUUAUCUGCCACACUGGCCACAGGAGAGAGCUCCAAAAUGCUCUGCAAGGUAUAUGAGCACACAUUAGAAUAAAGGAAACACAAAAAACUUUGCAUAUCUAUUUGAUUUCCUUCAGUGAAUAAAUUGUGGAGUCUCAAAGUUAUCAGGAAGCCUAAAUGUUGUCUGUUAUUUUAAUCUGCCUUGCUGCGUUGAUAGAAUGACAUAUAAAAUCCUUCUAAACAAUAAAUUGUUAAACCUUCAUCUGCCCUUUCUUGCUUGGUAUCACACAGUGCUGUCGAUUAGACUAAAGCAGUAUCUAUUAGAACACAGGACACAAUUCUGCUCUUCCACAAUAGUUGUGUCUCACUGAGCAGUCAGUGGGAAUUGCACACAAUGGACUACAUCAUUAGCUUGUGUGGAUUGAAGCCAGU